ACCCUUCCUCUCAGCAUGUCCUAUGAAUAUUUCGUCAUUAUAUAAUAAGCAUGUAUGAUAAACCAGUAUAGCGAACUAACAAAAUCUGUUCGAUAUAUAAUACAUAUUACAUAUGAAAUUCAUUACAUUGUACUGCCGACGUGUAAAUGCGUCAUUGCUCAACUGUAAUUUGAAUCCCAAACAAGCUGGCAGGUUGCCUCAUACACACAGAAAACAAAUCAUUAAACAAUUCCUUGGCACGUGACUAGCUAUCUGUAUAUAACUAUCAGGAUAAACCUUAAAUAUCACUUCGCUUGUUUUCGUGUUGAAAUGGAAGUUGUACCCUGAAUAAAAUAUGGAAACUGUUUGAUAUUAGGAGAAAUUCUAUUCAUGGCAAACGGGUGCCAUGAUGAUAUAUUACCUACACAAGAAUCAGUCCACGACGAUCAUGAUGAACGGAUCUGUAACAGGGAGACAUUUAAAUUGGGUUCUACAACGAAACAUAUGUUUGAUAAUGCAAGGCCGCAUACCGGCACAUUGCGAAAUGCACGGAGAUAUGUACAUGCAGAAUAUCUCAAGUAUCCAGAUUUCCAGAGUAUUGAAGAAAGAGUUUCAUCCUUUGAAAAGUGGCCUGUACAGAUUAAACAGACCCCAAGUCAAUUAGCUGAAGCUGGCUUCUUCUUUACAGGUUUUGAUGAUUGUGUAUGCUGCUUUGUUUGUGGUGGUAAACUGCGUCGUUGGAACAUCACUGACGAUCCUUGGACAGAACACUGCCGUUUGUUCCCGUUAUGUCUGUUCGCUCGGGAACAGAAAGGAGAUGAAUUCAUAGACCAGACGCAAGCACCUGUUUUGGAUUUAGGAAAUGUGGAUAAUGUUUCCGUGAAAGAACAGCUCAUUAUUAGAGCAGAUACGGAGGAACUGAGAGGGGCGCUUUUAGAGAUGGGAUAUGAGGAUUCUGUUUUCAGGAAAGCUAUUUGUCACCUUAGAAACCUAGGAAUCUUACAUCCCACUGUUGACGAACUCACCGAGGUUGUCAGUGCAGUGAAAGAUAAACGAGAAUGCCGUUUAGACAGGCAAGAAUAUGAGUCAUCUUUGCGAGAAAAUCGUCGUCUGAGAAGCAUCGUAUUCUGCAUGUUAUGCGGUACAAAUGACGUAGAUACCCUUUUCCUGCCUUGCAGACAUAACCGGACAUGCAGCGCAUGUGCGGGGACAAUGAAAGUGUGUCCGGCUUGUAAUAGAAAUACAGAAGAGGAAAUACCAACAUCAAUGACAAAAAGGAUGUAAUGUAACACGUUUUAACCAUAAAUCGUUGUUUUACAAACUAUACAAAUUUGAAUGAUAGCUGUAAACGAUUUUGUUGUGUACAUAGUUAUGUAGAUAAGAAGUAUAGAUGAAUGGGUUGUCAAUAACUUUAGUGAAAAAUGAAGCAUGAUUAAAAUACAACUUGAAAAACUUGGUCACGUUUACAUCAUGUGGGCGUGCUUUCAAAGAUAUAUCAAAAGAAAUCUGUUGACAUAUACACUCACUUGUAUCUGGAAGGAUUGGUCUAUUAUUACCUAACACACGCUUACAAAUAAUACAAUAUGCAAACAGAUCCUUUGGAAGCACAGGACACAAUCAAGCGAACUAGUAACACACUUUUUUGACUGAAUAUGUUCAUAAGAGGUAAUACAAUGUGCAACAACCCUUAUGUCCCUAGCACCGACUUAAGCGAAAAAUUGAAUGUUUUCCAAUAAUUAAAAAUACAGCAACAUGUAGUCAAAGUACCGGUCGACUUCUUACAGCCACAAGGCACUUAAAGGCUCGUAUUGUGAUGCUGAAAUGAUCCUUUAUAUUACGAAUCGUAGAAUGGAACCAAGUUAAUGUUAAUCAAUGAAUAAGUUAUAAAAUCUCCAUAGUUUUUAUUGUGAAAUGGUUUUGCUUUACAUGAGAUAAACAUUCUUUUGCGAAAGUUAAGGAAAGUGGACGCUAUGACUUUUCUACCUUUUCUCUCCAUCAUUGUUUUGCUUUUUCUUUCUUGUCCAACCGUCAUUCUUUUUUCUACUGCUUUUAUUGUCUACGUCUAUGUUCUUGUUAUCCUUACACCUUUUGUACAAACUGCCUAGAUAAUCAGGAAGUAUUGAUAUUUCAUCGAAUUUUUCCUGAUGUUUGACAUUUAAUCCAUGUAGCUACAUGUAACACCUUUGACGAUUUUUUCAAACUUGAAAGUUUUGCAAACUUAAAAUAAAUAUUAUUGUAAUUUAUCAUCUCCAGUUGUAUUAUAACUUCGUUGAGGAUAUUUGGUCUAUUUCCAGCAGACUUGCCGGAUCAGGUAGUGGCGGCGUGUAUUUCAACAGAUAUUUCAAUAAGCAUUGAUGUCAAUAUUGUUUUCAAGUUUACAUGUUCAUGCUAUUACGUAUAUGUUAGCACACCAAGUAUAGAGUUAGCCUGGUAUAAAACUGGUUGUGUAAAGAUAAUUUAGGGAAGUGAUUUCUUUCGGACAGAUGCAUGUAUAUUUUUACCGCACUAAAGGUCACAAAUCUUGGAAAGAAACGUAUGAUUUCAUUAUUAACUGUUGUAUAUAAUAUUCAUGAUUAUUCUAGAAAUAAAAUAUUAUAUGGAAAUUUCC